AUGGAGCGCUCGCCGCCCGACGGGCCGCUGAACGCGUCGGAGGCGCUGGCGGGCGAGGCGGCGGCGGCGGGCGGGGCGCGCGGCUUCUCCGCUGCCUGGACCGCGGUACUGGCCGCGCUCAUGGCGCUGCUCAUCGUGGCCACGGUGCUGGGCAACGCGCUAGUCAUGCUCGCCUUCGUGGCCGACUCGAGCCUCCGCACCCAGAACAACUUCUUUCUGCUCAACCUCGCCAUUUCCGACUUCCUCGUGGGGGCCUUCUGCAUCCCACUGUACGUGCCCUAUGUGCUGACUGGCCGCUGGCCCUUUGGCCGGGGCGUCUGCAAGCUGUGGCUGGUGGUGGACUAUCUGCUCUGCACCUCCUCCGUCUUCAACAUCGUGCUCAUCAGCUACGACCGCUUCCUGUCGGUCACUCGCGCCGUCUCCUACCGGGCCCAGCAGGGCAACACGAGGCGGGCGGUGCGGAAAAUGGUGCUGGUGUGGGUGCUGGCCUUCCUGCUGUAUGGGCCGGCCAUCCUGAGCUGGGAGUAUCUGUCCGGUGGCAGCUCCAUCCCCGAGGGCCACUGCUAUGCCGAGUUCUUCUACAACUGGUACUUCCUCAUCACUGCCUCCACGCUCGAGUUCUUCACGCCCUUCCUCAGCGUCACCUUCUUCAACCUCAGCAUCUACCUGAACAUCCAAAGGCGCACUCGCGUCCGGCUGGACGGGGCCCGCGAGACGGCCGACCCUGAGCCCGCGCCCGAGGCCCAGCCGUCCCCACCACCAGCCGUGCCAGGCUGCUGGGGCUGCUGGCAGAAAGGGUGCAGGGAGGCCCUGCCACUGCACAGGUACGGGAUGGGGGUUGGCGAGGCGGCCCCUGGCACCGAGGCUGGGGAGAUGGCCCUUGGGGGCGGCAGCGGUGGGGGCGCCGUGGCCUCGCCCACCUCCAGCUCGGGCAGCUCCUCUCGAGGCACCGAGCGGCCCCGCUCUCUCAAGAGGGGCUCCAAGCCCUCAGCAUCCUCGGCGUCCCUGGAGAAGCGCAUGAAGAUGAUGUCCCAGAGCAUCACCCAGCGCUUCCGGCUGUCAAGGGACAAGAAGGUGGCCAAGUCACUGGCUGUCAUCGUGAGCGUCUUUGGGCUCUGCUGGGCCCCGUACACACUCCUGAUGAUCAUCCGGGCCGCCUGCCACGGCCACUGCGUCCCCGACUACUGGUACGAGACGUCCUUCUGGCUGCUGUGGGCCAACUCGGCCAUCAACCCCGUCCUCUACCCGCUGUGCCACUACAGCUUCCGCCGAGCCUUCGCCAAGCUGCUCUGCCCCCAGAAGCCCAAGAUCCAGCCCCACAGCUCCCUGGAGCACUGCUGGAAGUGAGCUGGCCCUUCGCAGGCACCUGACACACCUUGGGGCAGGGCCCUCCCACCGCCACUGCCCCUCGAGGCCCUUGUUUCCUGGGCAGCCGGGCACGCCACCCUCGCCUUGCUGCGCCCCAGGUGUGAGCCACGCCUUGUCUGGGGCCCACCCUCAAUGCCAAGGCAGCCUCUCUUAGACCAUCUGCCUGCCGUGGGGGCAGCUUGGCAGGCUGGCCAGAGGGCCCUCACUUCCUGAACCAAAACGUUGGUGGCUGGCCCUGCCGCCCAAAUCCUAGCUCCACCCCAAGAGGGACAAUGCAGGGGUCCCAGCCAAGCUGUGCACCCCCCGCAGACAGUGCGAUGGCAGGUGGUGGCCACCCUUCGCACAACUACUGCUUGGUGUUCUUCCCAAAGCAAGCGCUUGGUGUGUCCCCAGGCUUCCUGACCCAGUGGUUCGCCCCCGCACGUGCACACACCUGCACACACCUGCACACCUUCCCCCUCUGCAGACAAGCCCGGGCCACCGGCAUUGCUGCCACCUGUCCCCUACUUGAGCCAGGGACCCGGCUCCUUCAUCCCUCUUCCCUCCAACUCUCUCUGCCCCCAAGUGCCAAGUGCCCCAGGAACCUCGCAGCCGUUCUCUGCCUUCCCCUUCUGGGUGUUUCAGGAAGACGACGACAAAGAAAACACGUCCGUGAACUCGAUGUUCCUUGGAUGUUUAAUCAAGAGAGACAAAAUUGCUGAGGAGCUCAGGGCUGGAUUGGCAGGUGUGGGCUCCCACGCCCUCCUUCCUCGCGCUGCCGCUUCCGGCUGAGCUGUGCCAGCUGCUUCUGCCCACCCCACCCCCGGGCUCAGGGUGUUGGGCCCCGACUGGCGGCUCUGAGAGCGGCCGGAGUGCUGGACGCCUGCUCCCCCAGAAGGCUGCCCCUCCCUCCCGUCCAUCUGCUCAACCAGAGUUUCCUGGGGUUGACGAGCAGGAGGGAGCCGGCCGUGCCCUGAGAGUCCUGAGGCUUGCAGGAGCAGUCAGGGGAGAUAGGGCUGGGGGUUCCCAGUGCAGGGGCCGCUGCGCCACGUCCUAUGCACCCGGUUGGCGCUCUGCAUGCUCUGCUGCCCGCGCGCCUGCUGCGCUGCCCCUGCAGACA